UUAUAUCACCGGACUGAUUCUUGACUGUGUGGUAAGUACUACUUGCUUAUGAUUCUACCUGUAUCGUUUGCAACACCCAGCUUCCUUCACAUACUUCCCCCUUGCUGGUGUGUCAACAAGGACAGUUCUUUUGUUUGGAUAUUUUAUCAAUUCUUGUUUCUGCUCACAUGGAAUGCGGAUUAGAAUGUCCAUUCUGGGGUUGACAUUGACCUACUGUUGACCAGAGAGGGGUUACUGUUUGUCUGACGCGCCGCACCUCCAGUCUCCUGAUACUUACACAACCCUCAGUAUUGCUGGAACACACAGCCAACAAUGUUAUCACCUGUAACGAUACAGACAGCGUUCGGCUGGAUUUUUCUUUCUAUCACAGUCCGGUGUUCUCUGCUUCCUACCCGGACGUGGGAUCAGGGACAGGAUCUCUGCGCGGACAGAGCCGGGAUGAUUGUUCCGCGUGAGAGGACGCUGGAGGACCUCCGGGGAGUGGUUGAUGGCAUCCCACCUGUGUGGUUGGGAGGAAGGAAGAUGCACUCCUCGUGGGCGUGGCAAGAUGGGACCCCACUAUACACGCACGUGGGGUGCUACGUUCUGCCCCCGACCCUAACGCUGAUCCAUGGUGGGGUGACAGAGGUGUUCGACUGCUACCUCCGGUGCCACCAAGCCUACAAGUUCGCUGUCCUGAGUGAGACCAGCUGCGCCUGCGUGGAUUUCAUAGGGAACCUGUCCAAAGCGGACAUUGGGAAGUGUGACCAGAGAUGUUCCCACAACGUCGGGGAGCGCUGUGGAGGUUCAGGCUACGGCAGCAUCUACCGCCAACCCGAGGACAUCUAUCCCUGGUCCACCGCGAACACAGACAGCAGCCUGUGUGGGUACCUGUACAAUCUACCAUCAUACGAUGUCGUCAUGAAGGCAGACAGGUGUGGAUCCCAAGUCUCGACCAACAAACAAGCGUUUUGUCAGGAGGGAGGCAACCUGACGGUGGACGAGACGUACAAUACCUGGGAGCAGGCUUGUCGUGGACUGAAGAAGGCCGACGUGACGAGUAAGGACAACCCACCGUUUAGGAACUCUCAAGGCACACAGGAGUACUACUGGAUCGGUGUCAGGAGAAACACAGAAUGGCGGUGGGUUAAUGGGAGCAGUGCCGAGGACGUCGUGCAAGGCAUUGAUUCGGUUGACGAAGGUGGUGACUGUCUUGCUGCAUACAAAGACGUCGGAGAGAAGAUACACCUCAGCACGCGACCCUGUUCCGCAUCAGCCAUCAUCAUGUGUGCUUCAGAUUUACUACCAACAACCCAUACACUGCUUCCAGAACCUUCAUCCACACGAUUUUCGUCGCCACCUUCACCAACAACUUCCACAACUAUUCCAACAUCUUCAUCGACUACGGUGGUAGCAUCCACGAGUCACACAUCGAUAACGACUCCUUCGUCUCCCUCGACCACGGGGACUUCUUCUUGGUCAGCAACAAUGAGGACGACGACGUCUUCUGAAGCAGCAACUUCCAACCCCGCAUGGACCUCUGGUCAGAACACUGAGACUGGGGCGAUACAUGGAGACACAUCGACGGGAACAGCUGCAGCUGCAACUACAACACACGGACAAACCGACACUGCAGAGAUUACAAGUGUCCCAACGACGGGAACAGUGACCUCAAGGCCCUCCAUUCAGUCGACCCGUACGUCGGUCACUACUGGGACGCGUGUGUCUGGAUAUUCCAGUAACCAGAGCAAUGGAGCUGCUGUAACUCCUGCAGAAGGCUCUCCUAGUGCCAGAACACCUCCACAAUCUACAACAAUGGAAGGAAGCAAAACUACGGUCGGAGCUAGCCACGUUACCAACAAGCCCAAUGAAGAUCCUACUGACCUGCGGGGUCUGUACAUUGGCUUGGGUGUGGUCGCCGGUCUCCUGAUGGUGGGUCUAGGUGUGUUGGUGCUGGUGCAGCUGUUCUGGAAGAAACACAGAGGCGGACAGUCCCAGGUAUAUCGCGUGCGGAAUCUGACAAAGCGCCACCUGUCGAGCAGCAGCAACAAAAGUCCCUCAAGAGAGAAUCUGGUCCACCAGAAGCGGAACUCCGUGUGGGGAGACACCGAGAAGCGAGUCCGACUCCAGUCCGUAAAAGAUGCACCGGCAAACAACAGUGUACGAUGGAGAGAUGAAAACUGGGGGUUUGAUGUUGACGACGGUAACGACUCUGUAUUUGAGGACGGCUCCCCAACAGGCUUGCCACGACUUCACAGCGGCGGCAUGGCAACGCGAGCCUCGCUGGGUGUCCCAGACCCCGUCCGCUCAGUACAUUUUGAAGAUGAAGCUGAGUACCCACAGACGGGGACGGACUUGACACAGAUACAGUCCAUUUACCCCCGCUUGUGAACUAGUCAAGGAUUUGUGUUACUAUCUGUUGUGACCUAUUUGCCCUGGCGUCGAAGUCAUUGUCUGGUUCGUUCAGCACGAGACUGUGAGAUGCUGUGACAUGGCUGGUGACAACCGUUGGUACUCGUGUCAUUCCGGACAACCCGAGUGGUUGCGGAAACGGACGAGUGUUUACGGUUGGCCAGGCCAUUCAGUGUCGUGGGUUACAAUGCCAGACGUGUAAACUUGUGAAUAUUGUACAGAUGUGUUGUGUGUCAUGGCGUUAGCGGUGGAUGGGAGGACACGUGACAUGUAACUUCACUCAUAAAUCUAUGUACUGGAAUCACAGGAACUCGUUAUUGGUCAGUAAAUAAAAAUAUAUACCCCCCUAUAUGUAAGUAGAGUAUAGGGGGUAUAUAUUUUUAUUUACUGACCAAUAACGAGUUUUGUGACUGGAAUAUGGUUCAAAUAAUUUUUAUUUUCCAGUUUGACAAAUUACCAACGCUUUGCAUUGUAGCCAUUGGCAGUCCAACAUUCUGGUGAUAUCGGUUCUGUUGCUAAACAACUAAACACACACAGGUUCAAGAUAAUAAAGCAAAACAUAUGAUUAAAUGUUUAUUUGGAUCAUACAGUAAUUGGAUGACAAAUGAACUCCAGCUGUAAGGGCUUAUAGGGCUGGGGCGAGUCCAAAUUUACUACCCGGGUACCCACCCCCUAUUACCCGACCCUACACAGGUACCCGUUGUAGGUCUCAAGAGAUAUGUCCGAUUGGGAAUAGUUUAACUGUCGCCCUGGCAAAAUGUAUUUAGAUACUUGUGUAAAACGAUCUGGUCAUGCAUACACUGAAUUUGGCUUAAGUUUUAUCUAUACUCACACAAAUCCUUCAGCUACC